AUGCCUGGCGCGGCGCCCCCCGCCACUUCCAUUCCACCCGGACUCGCCGCGGCCUCUCCGGCAGAGCAUCCAAGCUUCGGCCGUCUUCGCUCUUUGGCCUUCGAUCAGAGGCCCAAGCUGGGGUGGCGCCAUCCUUCCAGCCUUGUCGCGAGUCAAGUGGAGCAAGCGGAGCAAGCUGGUCCGUGCCCUUCCACCAUUCAAUACACACCGGGCCUUGACGCUGCCCAGCCUUGCCCCUUCCUCUUCUGGUGCCCAACACCACCACAAACUCUCCAAUACGAAGAAGGCCUCGACUCCAGCACGUUUUUGGCAGGACAACGCUUUCACACAAUAAUCAAGGGCUCAUAA